UUCAGUUUUACAGCUUUUUGUGUAUUGAAUUUGAGUAUAAAAUACUCUGUUUUUACUGAAUUUUAACUUGGGUCUCUGUCUGUGUAGCUCUGGCUAAGCUGUGAGCUCAACAAUCCUCCUGCCUCUACCUCCAAGUGCUAGGAUUUACAGGGUUAUCUCUUCAGCAGACUAUGAGCUCCUUGAAAGAAAGAAUCGUGUCUUACUCAUCUUUGUGUCCCCAGUGUCUAGUACAGUUCCUGAUACAUAACAUAAACUGAAUUUUGGGACAUGGCCACUGCUUCACCACGGUCUGAUAGUAGUGAUAACCACAGUGGAAGGUUACAGUUACAGGUAACUGUUUCUAGUGCCAAACUAAAAAGAAAAAAGAACUGGUUUGGAACAGCAAUAUAUACAGAAGUAACUGUUGAUGGAGAAAUUAAAAAAACAGCAAAAUCCAGUAGUUCUUCUAAUCCAAAGUGGGAUGAACAGCUGACUGUAAAUGUGACCCCACAGACAACCUUAGAAUUUCGAGUUUGUAGUCAUCACACUUUGAAAGCAGAUGCUUUAUUAGGAAGAGCAAUGGUGGAUUUAAAACAAGUCCUUUUAACGCACAAUAGAAAAUUGGAAAAAGUGAAGGAACAGUUAAAACUCUCUUUGGAAAACAAGAACGGCAUAGUACAAACUGGUGAGCUAACAGUUGUACUUGAUGGACUGGUGAUCGAGCCAGAAAAUCUAGCAAAUUGUAGCUCCUCUCCAACAAUAGAAAUACAACAAAAUGGGGAUGCCUUACAUGAAGAUGGAGACCCUUCGGCAAGGACAACUACCAGGUUGGCUCUUGAAGGUACUAAUGGAAUAGAUAAUCAUGUACCUACAAAUACUGUCAUCUCAAACUCGUGCUGUUCGUAUGUAGUUAAUGGAGACAACACACCUUCAUCCCCGUCUCAGGUUGCUGCCAGACCCAAAAAUACACCAGCUCCAAAACCACUCACCUCCGAGCCUGCCAAUGACACUGUUAACGGAGAAUCAUCUUCAUCUGCACUAACUGCUAAUGCUUCUGCCAUGGGCACUCCAGUACCAUCGGAAGAACCCACAUUGACUUCAGAGUGCAUUAGCACUACCAUCGAAGGUUCUUCUGUUCAGGAGCUACUGGCAUCCUCAGAACACAAUGAAUGUAUUCCUUCUGUCAGUACAGAAUUGGGAUCUGAAACUCAGAACGUAUUAGACCUUAACUCCUCUAAUUCUGGAAGUAGUUCUGCUUUUGACAAAUUAAGGCAAUCAGAUGGAUGUGUGGAGCCUCUUCGGCAGCAGUCUGGGAAUGCAAACACAGAGUCUUUGCCAUCAGGAUGGGAACAGAGAAAGGACCCUCAUGGUAGAACCUAUUAUGUGGAUCAUAAUACUCGAACUACCACAUGGGAGAGACCACAGCCUUUACCCCCAGGUUGGGAAAGAAGAGUUGAUGACCGUGGGAGAGUGUACUAUGUGGAUCAUAACACCAGAACAACAACAUGGCAGCGUCCCACCAUGGAGUCUGUUCGAAACUUUGAACAGUGGCAAUCUCAGCGGAACCAAUUGCAGGGAGCUAUGCAACAGUUCAACCAACGAUACCUCUAUUCGGCUUCAAUGUUGGCUGCAGAAAAUGACCCGUAUGGACCUUUACCACCAGGUUGGGAAAAAAGAGUGGAUUCAACUGACAGGGUUUACUUUGUGAAUCACAAUACAAAAACAACCCAGUGGGAAGAUCCUAGGACUCAAGGCUUACAGAAUGAAGAACCUCUGCCAGAAGGCUGGGAAAUUAGGUAUACUCGGGAAGGUGUUAGGUAUUUUGUUGAUCAUAACACAAGGACAACAACAUUCAAAGAUCCUCGCAAUGGGAAGUCAUCUGUAACAAAAGGUGGUCCACAGAUUGCUUAUGAACGCAGCUUUAGGUGGAAACUUGCUCACUUCCGUUAUUUGUGCCAGUCUAAUGCACUUCCCAGUCAUGUAAAGAUCAAUGUGUCCCGGCAGACGUUAUUUGAAGAUUCCUUCCAACAGAUUAUGGCAUUAAAACCAUAUGACUUGAGGAGGAGAUUAUACGUAAUAUUUAGAGGAGAAGAAGGACUUGAUUAUGGAGGUCUGGCAAGAGAAUGGUUUUUCUUGCUUUCACAUGAAGUUUUGAACCCAAUGUAUUGCUUAUUUGAAUAUGCGGGCAAAAACAACUAUUGUCUACAGAUAAAUCCAGCAUCAACCAUAAAUCCAGACCAUCUUUCGUAUUUCUGUUUCAUUGGUCGCUUUAUUGCAAUGGCACUAUUUCAUGGGAAGUUUAUUGAUACUGGUUUUUCUUUACCAUUCUACAAGCGUAUGCUAAGUAAAAAACUUACUAUUAAGGAUCUGGAGUCUAUUGAUACUGAAUUUUAUAACUCUCUUAUCUGGAUAAGGGAUAACAACAUAGAAGAAUGUGGCUUAGAAAUGUACUUUUCUGUUGACAUGGAGAUUUUAGGAAAAGUCACUUCACAUGACCUGAAGUUGGGAGGUUCCAAUAUUCUGGUGACUGAGGAAAACAAAGAUGAAUAUAUUGGUUUAAUGACAGAAUGGCGUUUUUCUCGAGGAGUACAAGAACAGACCAAAGCUUUCCUUGAUGGUUUUAAUGAAGUUGUUCCCCUUCAGUGGCUACAAUACUUCGAUGAAAAAGAAUUGGAGGUUAUGUUGUGUGGCAUGCAGGAGGUUGACUUAACAGAUUGGCAGAGAAAUACAGUUUAUCGACAUUAUACAAGAAACAGCAAGCAAAUUAUUUGGUUUUGGCAGUUUGUGAAAGAGACAGACAAUGAAGUAAGAAUGCGACUAUUGCAGUUUGUCACUGGAACCUGCCGAUUACCUCUAGGAGGAUUUGCUGAGCUCAUGGGAAGUAAUGGGCCUCAAAAGUUUUGUAUUGAAAAAGUUGGCAAAGACACCUGGUUACCAAGAAGCCAUACAUGUUUUAAUCGCUUGGAUCUACCACCAUAUAAGAGUUAUGAACAACUAAAGGAAAAACUUCUUUUUGCAAUAGAAGAGACAGAGGGAUUUGGACAAGAAUGAAUGUGGCUUCUUGUCUUGGAGGAGCUCUUGCAUUUAAAUACCCAGCCAAGAAAAAUUGCACAGAUAGUGUAUAUAAGCUGUUCAUUCUGUACAGUGAAUUUUCUGAACCUCUCAAAGUAUAAAUGUUUUCCAUUCUUCCACAGAAAUAUGUAAAACAGUUCAUCGUUUUCUACUUUAUUUAUUUUUCCCUUGAAAUGACUGACCAGGAAAAAAAAUCAUCCUUAAAUUUUGAAGCAAGACUUUAUUAAAAAUAAGUAUAUAUCUAUAUAAACAUAUAUGAUUGUGGCUCUAGUUUUAUAGAGCUCCAAGUAUUAAACAUGCCAGCUGUUCCUUCAUAAAGGUAUGAUUUGCUUUACCUUUUCUGUUGUCCGGGGAGAAGUGCAAAUUGUCCCAUGGUCAUCUCUCUUAGGUAAUCAUUCCUAAGGGUAUUUAGUUGCAUGGCUGUUCAGGAAGGUAUUAAGGGCUUAUGCCAAAUCUUACCUGACUAUAUUAAAAAUGCUGCUGGCUUUUAUGAAGACAGGUGCUUGAACCUGUCCAUUUGUUUUAAAUGAAUAUUUGAAAAACUCCCUCUUUGCUCUAUCAGUAAUAACAGUUAAAGUAAUGAAUGAAAUCUUAACUUACAUGGAGCUCAUGUACUCAAUCCAAUAACUGUUAAGAGAUUGGGAAGAACUCAUUGAGCAAUGUAGAGAUGUGUUUACAUGUUUCUUUGGGAUGUUAGGUAUUUAUGGAAUUUUAAAGAAUCAGGCAUUUCUGUACUUGUUUUUUUUUUCAAUGUGAUGUUCUUCAGAUCUACUAGUAAUAAAUUGAUAGUUUGAUAUUUAGGAACAUAAAAAUGGUAAUGUGGACUCUGCCACUUUUGUUUGUGUCCAAGCUUUGGCAUUAUAAAAACAGAUAGAUUGAAUAAAAACAGAUGAGUUGAAAAGUUGCAUAAACAUUUAAACAGACUAAGGACUUUCUAUUACUGUUUGAAUAGCCUAGUUGUUAUCAGACUUAUGAAAAUUCUGUUCAGUUAAAUGAGCAUAUAAAAAAUCUAUUUCUUCUAUUCCCAAUUUUCUAAUUAAGUUAAUUUUGUCCAAAUAACAUUUUUCAUGAUAAGAGUAUUUGGUAAACUGUAAGAUACAAAUAAAAUCUGAGGUGACUGAUAAUGCUGGUUUUAGCACAGUGGGUUUCCCAAUUAUAUAUAAAAUUACAGUUUCAUUUGUAUCAUGCUUCCAGUAUAUACUAUAAAUUUCAUUGACUUAAAUUUUUUUAAUAAGAACUGAUUUCUUAGAAUGUUACCUGUAAAUACUGCACUGCGUGCAUACAGAACAUACCAGUAUACAACUUAAUUUCUAAACACUAGUUUUUGUUUUGCCAAAAUUUUAUUUUUCUACACAUUUUAGAUUGCCCUGCAUUUUUAUUCACAAUUCAUAGUAAAGAUGAAAUAAAGACAGUGAUCCAUUUAGUUGAGUAGAAUCCUUUCUCAGAUCCUAAUUACAAACUUUCUGCUUAUUUUCAAGCUUAAAGAAAUUGUUUUCUAACAUUUAACAGGUUAUUCAAUAGUCUUCAAAGGACUGCUUAAAGUUUGUUCAUAAGACAGAAAGCGCCUUGCUAUAUGAAUUUACCUAUCACGGAAGUCAUUGUAUGUCAUCUGGUGGAUAUAUGUUAGACUAAUACCUUUGCAAAAAAAGAAAAAAAGUGCCUCGCAGGUAGGCAUUCAGGGUAUAGGCCCCUCUUGUAUGAAGUUGCAGUAUAUCAGAUAAGGCUAUCAGGUGAGGCUACACAGAGCCCACCUCAGCUUUCUGCUUUCUAAAGACUACACACUUCACUAUACCUUUCUACUUUUCAUACCUAAUUACAUAAAAAGCAACCUUACAGAAAGACUGUCAUUUACAUAGUGACAGUCAGAAAGCCCAAGAAAAAUGUAGUUCACUCCUCUCUUCCAAUCCCUCCUCUGAGCUAGAUAAGCAACAGAUAUUAGCACAAAAUUCAUUGUGCUUAAAUACAGCUCGUGAGGAAAUGCAGGACAGGGAGGCUCUCAUGCGGGUUCACGUUACAUUUUGCUUACAUACCCACUAAAAAUAUUGUAAGCCUAGGGAAUGUACACAGUUUCAUCCAUCAGAUCAGUCUGUUCUCCAGGUAAAGCUACCAUUGCUUUGAUUUGUACUUUUGCUGAACAGUUGAAGGUAAAAAUAUUCACAGAACAUUUUUCAUAAUGACUUUAAAUGCCUAGAACUUCUUCACCUGAAAUCUAGAUUAAGAUGGUGUGUUCACCUCAUUGCCAGGCAACCUUGCUUCUAUGUGAGGUUAAAAAUGACCCUGAUAAACUGCAUCUGAAAUUUUAAUAAGUCCCCAGAUCUGUAAUAAUUAGAUCUAUAAUGAGGAUUUUCCUUGAGUAAGAAAACUCUUACAACUGCCUGGCCCUUAUGAAGACCCUGAGCUUGGUGAGAUGAUGUUUGUUUAGAGCACAAUAUGGAUAUUGUUUACACUGCUGGUAAGAGGCCUUCUGAUAGAAAGCCCAAGGUCAACCUGCUGGCCAGUUAUGGUUCCUGCCCUACUACUUUCUAAGUAAAUUUGUCAAAUAUAGGUUGAGUCCUAAUGAAUAUUGCAGAAGCAAAACAUAAUCUCUUGUUGAAUUAUGUGAAUGAGAAAAUAAAAUUUUUCUUCUAACAACACUA